ACCAAAAUAUUGUAUUUAUAUAAUAAUAAUAAUAAUGAAUAUAAAGAAUUGGGUAAUAAAAUUCUCACUUUUUACCAAAUUUUCCCUACACAAUUGUGUCUCGUUACAUCUCCACAUGAUUGAACCUCUUGAAGAGUGUUUGACCUUCCCUGAGGCAACUCUCCCUUAUAACCUAGAUCGAGUAAAUAGGGUCAGAUACCCCCCUGAAUAAAAAUAACUCCUUUCCUUUCUGGUACCGACUAGACUCUCACUUAAAUUUACUCCUAAAGCGACUACAAGUUUCCAUCACGCGGUUAACUGUGUCAGCGCACAAUGUUACUUGACGUAACAUUCCUCCUAAAGUUUACCGACCAAUAAUCAUGACGCACAUAUACCGUUUUGGUCUGUUUUUUAUGGUACUGUGCUUUGGAGUGUGUUACGCUUCGUAUUCCCCUGGCAAACUCUUAGUUAUACUUGUAGAUGGUGUCAGAUGGGAUUAUAUGAAUGAUAGUAAUCUAUCGGGAUUUCAGAUGAUUGCUAAAAAUGGGAUGAAGGCCAAUUACGUUACACCUAUAUUUCCUACAAACUCCUAUCCUAAUUGGUAUACAAUUGUUACAGGCUUGUACGCCGAAAAUCAUGGAAUAGUACAAAAUUACAUGUACGACAAAGAGAAAGAUGAUAUUUUCUUGAUGGCUCUUCAUUCCAACGCUUCCCAUGCCCAUUGGUGGAAUUACGCGGAACCAUUAUGGAUCACAGCUGAAAAAAAUGGUAUAAAAACUGCAAUGUACUGGUGGGAUGGAUGCCAAGUAGUUAUUCGUGGAAAGAAACCGUCUUUCUGUAGAGAAUAUGAAAAUUAUUGGAUUUGGGGUAAAGUUAACAAAGAUACAAAAGAUGCGUUAUUUAAGAUAUUGGAUAUGUUUCAAAACCAAGAUUACGGAUUAGGUUUAGUAUAUUAUGAAGCUGUAGAUGCAAAUGGCCAUUUUAGAGGGCCUAAUUCUAAAGAAAGAAAGAAAGCAUUGCAAGAUAUCGAUUCAAUUCUUCUAUCUCUUCAAGAAGAGAUCAACAGGCGAAACCUCGAAAACGAAGUAAAUCUAAUGAUCGUAUCGGACCAUGGAAUGAUGCCUGUUAAUCAAGAUAUAAAGAUAAUUCGAAUCGAAAGUGCCAUAAAACUUGACGAUAUUCAUCUUAUGCUCGAUCAUGGUCCCAUGUCCAUGAUUCUCCCUAAAGAAGGAAAAGAAGAUAAGGUAUAUAACGACUUAAAAAAAGGAAAUUUUAAAGGAUUGAAAGUAUACAAAAAGGAAGAAAUGCCAGAAAUAUAUCAUUACAAGCACCGACUCGUAUUCCCUAUUGUUUUAGUAGCCGAAAAAGGAUAUCUAAUACAAUCGCUUUCGGAAAGAAUGAAAAUGAAGCCGUUUUCUGAUAGGAUAUACAAAGGUUAUCACGGAUAUGACCCAUAUUUAUACGAAGAAAUGAGAACUAUUUUAUAUGCCAGAGGGCCAGCUUUCAAGAAAGGAUACAUUUCACCACCACUUCAAAUGACAGAUCAUUAUAAUGUCAUGUGCAAAGCGUUGGGUAUCGAAGCACUCCCAAAUAAUGGUUCCUUAUCGAGAAUUGAGGAUAUGCUAAUACCCGAAGCACUCAAUUCUAAGCGCCAAAUUAAGAAUAAGACGAAUAAAAAGGGAAAAAAUCGAUUUAGUAAGAAGCGUAAGAAGACAAUUACACGAUUUUGGGGUGGUAGCAGUUCGGUGACGUACUGCAACUGGAUUUUACUGUUUUCAGUUAUAUUAACUGUUUUAUUAUGAAGAUAUGUUUUCUCCCAUUAACACGUGUAUUAUAGUCAUUUCAUAAAG